CUUAGUUAAUUUCGCCUCUUGCCCACCAGAGCCAAUCCGCCGAAUCAAAAUCCAGCUCUCCAAAAUUUACCAAGCGAAUUUUUAUUCUAGGACACACACGACCUUCCCCUCAAUCUCUUAACUACCUCAACCAUCGUUGUUCGCAAGCACAGCCAAAAUCUGUCAUCAACUCUAUCUUCAGAUUUCGCCAGCCAAUAUUUCGCUUGCCAAUCCAAUAAUCAAGAUACUUCUUGUGACAGUCAGACAAGAUGGUUCUCGCCGUUGAUCUUCUCAACCCUAGCCCGGCUGCUGAGGCCAAGAAGCACAAGCUAAAGACCUUGGUGCCCGGCCCCCGAUCCUUCUUCAUGGACGUCAAGUGCCCCGGCUGCUUCACAAUCACCACCGUGUUUUCCCACGCCCAGACCGUCGUUAUCUGCCAAGGCUGCACCACUGUCCUUUGCCAACCUACUGGUGGUAAGGCUCGAUUGACCGAGGGCUGCUCUUUCCGAAGAAAGUAGAGGGUUUCGUCUCGCGUUUUCUUCGUUCUUGGGCAUGGGUUACGACUUCAUGGGUAUAGUUCGGAUAUCUGCAAGGUACUCGACGGAAUGGGCGCAUGAAAAAAACUUGGCAUCUUGUCUUCCGGACAUACUCGACUUCUACGAACCUCUACGUCUUUGCAGAUAGACGACGGAUACCAAGAACCUUAAUACAAAAGGGGCGUUUGGGGUCCUGAUAUCUUGCAUCAUCCGUUUCGCUACGAAUGAUUUUUCCUCGUUUUCUCGCUUUGUGUAUUACGAAGUCGUCACCUUCAGACAUAAGCAGGAUGGUUUAUUCUGCAUGGGUGGAUAGCUGGAAAUGGCUUUCCACAUGAGCAUCUUCCGGGGCCUAUUUCUGCCAGCGUAGGUCUCUAGAUGUGAGGACGUGGAACGUUGAUUGAGGAUCGCUACAUACCCAGCCGUAGUGAUUGUUGUUUUCACUGCAUUAGGCGAAUUCACAUGGUUCCACUAGCUUUUUUGACUUUUUUCCCACCGUGACGACCGAUGUCCAUUGCUUCUCUAGGUUUUCCAUAACUGAAAUUUUAUAACGUAGAUCUUAACUACACGAAC